UCACGUCUUAAAAUAACGUCGUCUAACAAGAUCUCGGGUGAUAUUUGAAACGCAUCUUGAACUCUUCUGUUUAUAUAUUUUCACGGAAAAUUGAUCCGUUUUAAACGCAACGUAAAGUUCGCAAACAGUGUUUGUGUACGGAGAGCUCGCGCAAUCUGUCAUCUGAGUAGUGCGAACAAGAUACUUUUAAUUGCGUAUAGUGGUGAAAUUUGAAGUUUUUAGUAAACUUUCAAGUAUAUUUUUAGAAUGAGUAGUACGAGUCUAGACAGUGCUGAGCUACAGAAGCAUGCUAACGCUGUAUUGAACUAUACUGUUGAACAAAUCGAAUGUGUAUGUGAUGCUUUAAUACAAAGUCAAGGCUAUGACACACUAGCUAAGUUUUUAUGGUCAUUGCCGCGAAAUGACGUCAUUAAUAACAGCGAAUAUGUGGUGAAGGCUAAAUCGUAUGUUGCAUUACAUCAAGGGAGAUAUAGAGACUUAUACGCAUUGCUUGAGAAUCACGAGUUCGAUCCAGAUUUUCAUCCCAUUCUGCAGCAAAUGUGGCAUGAUGCCCAUUACCAAGAAGCAGAGAAAAUCCGAGGACGUCCUCUCGGAGCAGUGGAAAAAUAUAGAAUACGAAGAAAAUAUCCUUUACCAAGGACAAUAUGGGAUGGAGAGGAGACGGUGUACUGUUUUAAAGAGAAAUCACGCCAGGUAUUGAAAGAAUGGUAUGAAAAAGACAAAUAUCCGACUCCCCAAGAUAAAAAGUUACUAGCAAAAAGGACGGAACUGACACUUGUGCAAGUGUCUAAUUGGUUUAAAAAUCGAAGACAGCGAGAUAAACCGCAAGGUGAUGGAGAAGACGAGAAAGACACUAGAACACUUGAACCAUGGACAAACGGAAGUUUAAACGUACCCUACCUAAAUAAUAACAACCAUAACAAUAAUUACAUGCUAAAACUGGACCAUGAUGACACCUCGAAAUCGCUAAUUAAAUCAGAACCUAGCGCAUUUCGUGAAGAAUCCGAUUCCGAUCGGGUAGUCCGAUCGACUAACUAUUUCAAUGAUAUUAGUUGUCAUAUAUAGAGAUAGUAUUUCGGAAAUUUAUACCGGGUUAUUUGCUGUCACCAAACUCAGUUCCAGGACCUUCCUCUUGGCGUAACUGGUAGUUUGUGCAGGGAAGGUUAUGGUCUUUAAAAUUUAGAAAUCUCAAACGUACAAGAUUUCGUUGGUUAUAAACUUCUAAAGUUUUGAGAAGUUUUAGCAAAAAUGUGGAAGCAAAAAAUAUUACUACACUCGAAUAAUAUCCUCGUGCUUUGUGAAAUAACUUUAAGGCGACAUUAUUACUCACAAAAAUGUUGAUACAUUUGAUAGUGUGUACUAACCCUUACUUCCAAAUCAGCGCCUAAUAUUUUGUACUUCCCGAUACCUUUGUAAAUAAUAAACCAUUUCCGUGUUUUUUAACGGCAACUUAUUCGCUGUUAUUUUUUUGCUUAAAGGUCUGGGAAAGAUAUUGCCUUGUAUUAAACAUUUAAAAAGAAAUGAUAAAUGUCUAAAAAUAUGUAUAAAUUUUUUAUGUAUCAGAAAUGAGAUUUUUAGCAGAAUAUUCCCUUUUUUAAAACUUUAGAAAGAAUUUAGUUGUAAAUUUUAUUAGCUUUGAUUGGCUUAUUUCGUGUCACGUGAUGUAAAUAUUACCUUAUUUAGAAAAAAAAGACCAGGUUAUGUAAACAUUUAAAAAAUGACAAUUUAGAAAUAAAAAAAGGAAUGUGUUUUUACC